AUGGCACCAUCAGCAGAUACUUCCUUCGCGGCUCAUGUCUCUAACCAGUUCACUUCCUACGAGAAGGACCGACAAGCAUCUUCCAAGGACACUCUCUAUGCCACCAGUAAUGGCGUACCCAUGCCUCACCCAUAUGAGACUCAACGAUGUGGCGAGAAUGGCCCUCUUCUCCUUCAAGACUUCCAUUUAAUUGACCUCCUUUCCCAUUUCGAUCGUGAGCGCAUCCCAGAACGUGUCGUCCACGCCAAGGGCAGUGGUGCACACGGAUUCUUCGAAUGUACCGACCCUGCAGACGACUUGACACUGCUCGAUCUUUGGAGCGCCAAAGGCAAGACAUGCCCUAUCACAGUACGAUUCUCGACUGUUGGUGGCGAGUCUGGCUCCCAUGAUUGUGCGCGAGACCCUCGAGGCUUCUCUGUCAAGAUGAGAACAGAAGAUGGCAACUGGGAUAUGGUCUUCAACAACACACCGGUCUUCUUCCUGAGAGACCCCGCCAAGUUCCCUCACUUCAUCCACACCCAGAAGAGAGAUCCGUCCACGCACCUGACCCAUGCAGACGACUCUACCAUGUUCUGGGACUACUUGUCUCAGAACCCCGAGUCAAUCCACCAAGUCAUGAUUCUUAUGGGUGACCGGGGUAUUCCUGAUGGCUAUCGCUUCAUGCACGGGUAUGCCGGUCAUACCCUGAAGCUCGUCAAGAAGGGUGGCGAAUGGGUCUACUGCCAGAUCCACUUGAAGUCCAUGCAAGGGACCAAGUUCAUCACCCAGGAGGAUUCCUUCAACAAGUCUCCAGACUACUCGCAAAAGGAUUUGUACGAGGCCAUCGAGCGUGGCGAGUACCCCAAGUGGUCUGUCGAGGUCCAAACCAUGACGCCGAAAGAAGCCGAGGAUGUGUGGGAGAAGCAAGGCAUCAACGUCUUCGACUUGACCCAUGUCUGGCCGCAGAAGCAAUUCCCUCGCCGCAAGGUCGGUGAAAUGACCCUGAACGAAAACGCCAUCAAUUAUUUCGCCGAGGUCGAACAGGUGGCUUUCAACCCAUCGCAUAUGCCACCCGGUGUCGAGCCUUCCGCCGACCCGGUCCUACAGUCUCGACUGUUCUCAUACCCGGAUACCCACCGCCAUCGCGUGGGUGUCAACUACCAACAACUCCCCGUCAAUGCCCCCCGCUGCGGCUACAAGUUCGGCAACUUCCAACGCGAUGGUGCCAUGGCAUUCUACAACCAGGGUGCCAGAGCAAAUUACUUGUCGUCCAUCGAUCCCAUCCAGUUCAGAGAACGCACCGUCGACCUCGACAAGGCCCAUGGCCACUUCCAAGGCAAGGCCGUUACUUUCUUGUCCCAGAUCCGGCCAGAGGAUUUCAAUGCCCCACGAGCCCUGUGGGAGAAGGUUUUCGACGAGCCUGCCCGAGAACGCUUCAUCAACAACGUUUCCGGCAAGAUGGAGGUGUGCAGCGACAAGGAGAUUUUGAAGCGCCAGAUCGCCAUCUUCCGCGAAGUCAGUGAGGACAUCGCCCAAAGACUCGAGAAGGCCACUGGCAUCAAGGGUUACGAUGGCAUCAAGAACAUGAAGUUCAACGGGACUCAUAACGGCAUGGCCACCGACCCUAGCGCCAGGUACGCCAAUGGUGUGAGUGCUACCACGGGCAAUUUGUUUAGUGAUAACAAUGGUGCUCCAACGAAGGGGACCCAUACUUGAUUUGACCUCAACGCACGGAUUUCGGGGACACUUUGGCUAGGAAGUUGUAUACUAGUAUAUACCGAUACGGUUGGCAAG